AUGAAUUGUCAUUCUCUCGCUCAAGCGCAUCCAAUCCACUCGCAGCUCCUUGAGUUCUCGCAAUUGGAUCGAUCCAGCGACGGUAUCCUCCACUCCAAUCGGCUGAUCGAGAUGUAUGGGCGCUGUGGCAGCCUGGAUCAAGCCAAGCGUGUUUUCGAUUCUAUCUCCAGCAAGAACAGAUUCUCCUGGGUGAUUUUCCUGUGUGCUUGCUCCGAAAAUGGCAAUCUCGAUCUUGCCAAGCUAGUUUUUGAUUCUAUUCCAGAACCAGCGAUGAGCAUCGUCGCUUGCAACGCCAUGAUCACGGCUUACAUGCGCUGUGGGUAUCUCCGCGAGGCGCAAGGGGUUUUUAAUUCUAUGCCUCAUUGGAACACGAUUUCCUGGACCUCGAUGAUCUAUGGACUUGGAAAGGCUGGAUUUCUAGAAGAAGCAAAACGGAUGUUCUAUAGAAUGCCAGAGCCCAAUCUAAUCUCAUGGAAUUCUCUCUUAGCAGCAUUUGCCGAGGCAGGGCAUGUUGUGGCUGUAGCAAAUGCUUUUGAUUUGAUGCCAAUGCGAAGCAUUGUCUCUUGGAACACACACCUAGUAGUAGCACUACAAACUAAGAAUGUAACAAUGGUAGAUAUUGUGUUUGGAUCCAUGCCAGAGUGGAACUUGCGAAGUUGGAACAUAGUUCUCGCAGCAAAUGCCCAAGAAGGACACCUUGACAUUGUAAAGUCUCUCUUUGAUUCGAUGGAGAGCCGAGAUCUCAUCUCCUGGACCACGAUUCUCACUGGAUUUUCCCAAAUCGGGAGGCUAGACGAAGCCAAGAAUCUCUUCUUGCGAAUGCCGGAGCGCAAUCUCUUCUCGUGGACUGCUCUAAUCACCGCAUUUGGCCUGGAAGGCCGGAUCGAGGAAGCCCGAUCGCUCUUCGAUCAGAUCCCCCAGCACAGCAUUGUUUCCUGGAACUCGAUCCUUGCAGCGCACGCGAAAGCUCUAGACGCUGAUCAUGCCGGGGAGAUCUUCGAUUGCAUGCCCGAGCACGACCUUAUCUCGUGGAAUUCCAUCCUUUCGCUACUCGCAUCCAUCGGCUGCCUCGAUCAAUCGCGGGCUUUGUUCGAUUCCAUGCCCAUCAAGAGCCUCGUGUCGUGGAACGCGAUCCUCACAGCCCACGCUCGAUCGGGCGAUCUCCUGGUGGCAAUGGAGCACUUCUUCGAUCGAAUGCCGGAGCGCGAUGGAUUCUCCUGGAGCACAAUGCUCUCCGCCCACAGGUCCCAUCCCAGUGAUCACGAUGGCCCAAAUCACUACGCCCGCGCUCGCGAUCUCUUCCACCAGAUGCUCCUCACAGACCUUCCCGACGCGGUGUGCUUCGUCUCCGUGCUCGCGUCGUGCAGCCACACGGGAUCUCCGGCCGCUGCCCGCCAGUUCUUUGUCUCCGCGGCGAUGGAUUACCAGAUCAAGCCAUCGAAACAGCACUACUGCUGCGUGAUUGACUCUCUCGCUCGAUCGGGCUAUGCGAUCGAAGCCCGCGAGCUCCUCUCAACGAUGCCAUACAGUGUUUCCUCCAUGGAUGCCGUCAUCCUCCUUGGCGCUGUGCCGGACGUACGUACCCUGGGAACUGUUUACAUUGCUCGGCAUUUAGGUGCAAUUUCACUACGAGCAGAUGAUGUGUCCAGACACAUGCAGCCGGAUUUCAAGAAGUUGUUCAACCUGAACUAUCCUAUGCUGACCGCAUCUUGUUCCAGGGAGAUCGAUGAGGCAGUGGUAGUGAUCAAUCCUGGGAGCGAGACCAAAUCUCCCUUCCAUGUCCGAGAAGUAGCGCUUGCCUCUGUGGACCCGGUGUGA